AUGUCCCGGCCUCAGAACCCCUCACCUUCCCAACUUCCAAUAGAGGUAACAUUAAGCCCGUUCGAUGUCCAAGAUCUGCCUUCAAUAUCCCAAAUUUGGGACUCCGCUUUGCCCCAAUAUUCUCUACCGCCAGAUGCCCUCGCCAAAAUCAUUCCACAGCCAAACGCACACCACUUUGUCGCCAAGGCUGAUGGCAGGGCUAUUGGGUUCUGCCUGUCUUACCAAUCCAAACACUUAGCGCAAAAACCGGCAAAUGCCACAAAAGGCUAUAUUGCCGUUCUUGCUGUGCGCCCGGAGUAUCAGCGGAGAGGUGUUGGAACGGCUUUGUUGAGGGAGGCUAUUGCUUGGUUUAAGAAUGAGUUUGAACCUUGCUGCAUCGAGGUCGGGAGCGCAUUCCCCAGGUUUUGGCCUGGUGUUCCGGUUAUGGACCCAUUGCGAAACUCUAGUUUUCCCAAAGGCAUAGCAUCGACCGAGGACCAGGAUAGACAUGAGGACAAAAUAUCCUCGAGUUCAGUGCUGGAUUUCUUCAUCAGCCGCGGGUUCCGGAUGCGUCCUGAUCCGCCGCGUUCGGUGGAUCUGUAUCGAGAUAUCCGCACUUUCAGCCUUACUGAAAUGGGGCACGAUCGUGAUUAUGGGCAACGGGCUCGUGAGGCAGGGUAUACAUUCUCCCCGCUUCAGGAAGCCGGGUAUGACGAAUGUCUAGCUGGUCAGAGCAGGAACUUUGCGGACAAUCCGGACUGGGUCGACAUCUACCGUAAACUAAACCCGGUCUCUCACCCGUACUCUAUCAUGACGGCCUUCGAUGCCAAUGGUGCCCAAGCCGGCUGGACACUAAUGCUUCCGCCCUCAUCGAGUAUCUUGCAGUCCAACUGGGUUAUGCCCUCUGUUUGUGGUCCAAAUACAGGCCUGAUAGGCUGCGUUGGUAUUGACAAAGGCCAUCGCAAGUCGGGCGUGGGAAUUGCACUCGUGGCACACGCGUUACAAGAUAUGAAGAGUCGAGGGAUCGAGGGCGUUUUUGUGGAUUGGGUCAGUGUUGAAGGAUUUUACGAGAAAGUCGGUUUUCAUAUCUGGGCCCGUUACCGGACGGGCGAAAUUGGCUAGACUCUUCAUCAGUCUAUCCAAGCUCCCAUACACGGGCACCAUAUCAAGUUAUAAUGCAUAACACGCAUACUGCUUAACACUCGCGCAAGAACAAAGAUGCAUGCCGUCAUUACUAACAAACAUAGAGUGCUGGUGAGAGUAUCAAACCUAUAUCCCAUCUAUUUCAGAGGCGUACUUACCUGGCGCUUGCUUAGUGAUAAUGAAUUUAUGUUUUCG